AACGACAGUAGAAUCGGCAAAACAUAUGGUGAUUUUCUAUUAACGAUGAUAAUUGAUUAGACUAUCAUCAAGUUAUACUGAAGAACUUAGUAAAGCUUUUAACAAACUUAGAAGCUUUACUUCUAAAUACCUUCUCUCAAAUGGUAAAAACUAUUUUUCACUAAAAAUAGGUUGUUACUUUACCUUAUCAUGCCCUAAGUAACAACCUUAUCAUCUUAUCUUCAAUCGUCCGUAAAAGAUAAUAUCAAGCAAGAGAAUCUGUGGAGCACUACGAUAGCCGCUAGGGCAUCCUUAGUUAGUCAAUGUUGGAUCACCCUCUUUCAAACACAUCGUACCGGUAACGAUGGACAAGCUGGUGUUGUACACGAACAAGAAAAGCCCUCCAUGUCGUGCAGUGAAACUAACCGCUCGUGCCCUUGGUAUAGAGUUGAUCGAGAAGGAGAUGACACUCAUGCGAGGUGACAAGCUGAUGGAAGAGUUCCUAAAGGUUAACCCACAGCAAACAAUACCGGUACUGGAUGAUGGAGGAAUCGUUAUCACCGCCAGUCACGCCAUCAUGAUUUAUCUCGUAUGUAAGUACGGUAACGAUGAUAGUCUCUACCCGACCGAUCUGGUACGGAGGGCACGGGUCCACACGGCGCUACAUCUUGAAGCGGGAGUCAUCUUUUCUCGGCUUAGUUUUUUGUUUGAACCGGUAAUUUAUUCGGGUAAAUCAUACUUCCAUUCCGAUCGUGUUGAGCACAUCCGGAAGGCGUACCGCUUGUUGGAGGAUUCGCUCGUGAAUAUGUACAUGGUCGGCGAUAGCUUAACGAUAGCCGAUUUUAGCUGUAUCUCAAGUGUGGCUUCUCUUGUCGGUGUGGUACCGCUGGACGAGACUAAAUUCCCGAAAAUUGUUGCCUGGAUAAAACGCAUGCAGGAGCUACCAUACUAUGAGGAAGCGAACGGUAAUGGAGCACUCGAGCUGGCCGAGUUUGUGCUGGGAAAGAAGGAAGCAAAUGCUUCACAGUAUUUGUGACAAGGGAUAGAAUCUCCAAUCUAAUAAAAGCCUUAUUCAUUUCAUAA